GAGGGUCACCCCUCUGCCAAACAGGACUGCCCCUUCCUUCACCCGGGGCCACAACCACUUUACCUGGGAAGUGGAUGCUCCAGAAAUUUACAGGGGCAGGUGAACACUCACCAAGUGUUUGCUCUUUGAAGAUCAUGAGCGGUUUCUAACCAAACUUCUGGAGAGCGGCAGGAUCAUCAGCCUCUGUCUCCGGGAACCUGACGUCAUGAUGAGAGAAGCAGCUCCGAGGAAUCUUACCAGGUGCCUGACUGACGUCCUUCCCCCGCGGGGAGCUGGUGUGGUCGGAGGAGGGGCGUGCUGGUCACCAUGACAACAGAGACAGGGCCUGACUCUGAGGUGAAGAAGGCUCAGGAGGAGGCCCCGCAGCAGCCAGAGGCAGCCGCCACAGCAGCCACCCCUGUGACCCCCGCCGUCCACGGCCAUCCCGAGGCCAACUCCAAUGAGAAACAUCCGCCCCAGCAGGACGCUCAGCCUGCCGAACAGAGCCUAGACAUGGAGGAGAAGGACUACGGGGAGGCUGAUGGCCUGUCAGAGAGGACCACGCCCAGCAAGGCCCAGAAAUCACCCCAGAAGAUUGCCAAGAAGUACAAGAGUGCCAUCUGCAGAGUCACUCUGCUCGAUGCCUCUGAAUACGAGUGUGAGGUGGAGAAACAUGGCCGGGGCCAGGUGCUGUUUGACCUGGUCUGUGAGCACCUCAACCUCCUGGAGAAGGACUAUUUUGGCCUGACCUUCUGUGAUGCCGACAGCCAGAAGAACUGGCUGGACCCCUCCAAGGAAAUCAAGAAGCAGAUUCGGAGCAGCCCCUGGAAUUUUGCCUUCACAGUCAAGUUCUACCCACCCGACCCUGCCCAGCUGACAGAAGACAUCACAAGAUACUACCUGUGCCUGCAGCUGCGGGCAGACAUCAUCACGGGCCGCCUGCCCUGCUCCUUCGUCACACACGCCCUGCUGGGCUCCUACGCCGUGCAGGCUGAGCUGGGCGACUAUGACGCCGAGGAGCACGUGGGCAACUAUGUCAGCGAGCUCCGCUUCGCCCCCAACCAGACCCGGGAGCUGGAAGAGAGGAUCAUGGAGCUGCACAAGACAUACAGGGGCAUGACCCCAGGAGAAGCAGAAAUCCAUUUCCUGGAGAAUGCCAAGAAGCUUUCUAUGUACGGAGUAGACCUGCACCAUGCCAAGGACUCUGAGGGCAUCGACAUCAUGUUAGGAGUCUGUGCCAACGGCCUGCUUAUCUACCGGGACCGGCUGAGAAUCAACCGCUUCGCCUGGCCUAAGAUUCUCAAGAUCUCCUACAAGAGGAGUAACUUCUACAUCAAGAUCCGGCCUGGGGAGUACGAGCAGUUUGAGAGCACGAUUGGCUUUAAGCUCCCAAAUCACCGGUCGGCCAAGAGACUGUGGAAGGUCUGCAUCGAGCACCACACGUUCUUCCGGCUGGUGUCCCCUGAGCCUCCACCCAAGGGCUUCUUGGUGAUGGGCUCCAAGUUCCGGUAUAGUGGGAGGACCCAGGCACAGACCCGCCAGGCCAGCGCCCUCAUCGACCGGCCCGCGCCCUUCUUUGAGCGUUCCUCCAGCAAACGGUACACCAUGUCCCGCAGCCUUGAUGGAGCAGAGUUCUCCCGCCCAGCCUCAGUCAGUGAGAACCACGACGCAGGACCUGACGGUGACAAGCGGGAGGAGGAUGGCGAGUCUGGGGGGCGUCGGUCAGAGGCUGAGGAGGGAGAAGUCAGGACCCCCACCAAGAUCAAGGAUCUAAAGCCGGAGCAGGAAACCACGCCGCGACACAAGCAGGAGUUCUUAGACAAGCCAGAGGACGUCUUGCUGAAGCAUCAGGCGAGCAUCAAUGAGCUCAAGAGGACCUUGAAGGAACCCAACAGCAAACUGAUCCACCGGGAUCGAGACUGGGAGCGGGAGCGCAGGCUGCCCUCCUCGCCCGCCUCCCCCUCCCCCAAAGGCACCCCUGAGAAAGCCAACGAGUCCCAGAAGACCCAGGACACCUCUCAGCAGGACUUGGCACCUGAGCCUGGGACGGCCACAGGCUUGGAAGUGUUCACUCAGAAAAGCCUCGCAGCAUCUCCUGAGAGAGCAGGGCUGAGGGAGGGCUCCGAGGAGAAAAUCAAACCGCCACGUCCCAGGGCCCCAGAGAGUGACACGGGAGACGAGGACCAGGACCAGGAGAGGGACGCGGUGUUCCUGAAGGACAACCACCUGGCCAUUGAGCGUAAGUGCUCCAGCAUCACAGUCAGCUCCACGUCCAGCCUGGAGGCCGAGGUCGACUUCACGGUCAUUGGUGACUACCACGGCAGCGCCUUCGACGACUUCUCCCGCAGCCUGCCUGAGCUCGACCGAGACAAAAGCGACUCAGAAACCGAGGGCCUGGUGUUCUCCCGGGAUCUCAACAAAGGGGGCCCCGGCCAGGAUGACGAGUCUGGGGGCUUCGAGGACAGCCCGGAUCGAGGGGCCUGCUCCACCCCGGAUAUGCCCCAGUUCGAGCCGGUGAAAACAGAAACCAUGACUGUCAGCAGCCUGGCCAUCAGGAAGAAGAUCGAGCCAGAGGCUGUACUACAGACCAGAGUCACCACUGUGGACACCACCCAGGUUGAUGGGACUGCCCUAGGUGGGAAGGAGUUCAUAACAACUACUCCCUCCAUCACCACAGAGACCAUAUCAACCACCAUGGAGAACAGUCUCAAGUCCGGGAAGGGGGCAGCUGCCAUGAUCCCAGGCCCACAGACGGUGGCCACGGAAAUCCGUUCUCUUUCUCCGAUCAUCGGGAAAGAUGUCCUCACCAGCACCUACGGCGCCACUGCGGAAACCCUCUCCACCUCCACCACCACCCAUGUUACCAAAACUGUGAAAGGAGGGUUUUCUGAGACGAGGAUCGAGAAGCGGAUCAUCAUUACUGGGGACGAAGAUGUCGAUCAAGACCAGGCCCUGGCUUUGGCCAUCAAGGAGGCCAAACUUCAGCAUCCUGACAUGCUGGUAACCAAAGCUGUCGUAUAUAGAGAAACAGACCCAUCCCCGGAGGAGAGGGACAAGAAGCCACAGGAAUCCUGACCUCUGUGAAGAGAUGCUCGCGUUUCUGGUCCAACCCAAGCCAGAGAACCGCAAAGAAGGGGCCUUCAUUCUGGAUUCUCCGACACAACACUGACGUCCCAGCUGCAACGUACUGUCCCUGAUGAGAGACUGGGAAAGGAAAAGCAUAUAUAUAGAUAUAUAUAGAUAUAGAUAUAUAUACAGGAAACACCACGUCCUUGCACUGCUGCCGGGGCUGGCCGAGCAUUCGGCCGACAGCAACCAACAUCCGAACACCUACAUUUCCUUUGCAGACAAAUUCAAGACUCGGUGGGAUUUUUCAGGAAAAAAUGGUAACAACAAUAACCCCUUGCUUUCCCCUCCUCCCUUGGAGCCCUGCAGAACAACCAGGGCAAGUCAGACCUCGCUGAUUGUAGGAGUUCAAGUCGACCCUGGUUCUGCACGUUACAUUUAGUGGACGAGCGUUCUGUUUGUUCUUCUCCCGUGUCCGUUGCCCACUCGAAUGCAAAGGAAAACACUUUUGCAGCCAAGCAAGAGAAGCUGCAGCAGCAAGACACGCCCCGUCAACCAUUUUCCGAGAAAGAGCGAAAGUUCCCCACUUGGAAGGGAGGAGGAGGAACACUGGAUUAUUAUCUUUCGGGUCUUGACACUGGGCUGCAAAAAUCCACCUUCCUUUCUUCCACCUCCCUUCCCCCUUGACUCUCACACGUCUUGUCAUUUUCUGUCUCGGGUCCCUCUCCUCUCUCCCCCACCCCACGUCCUUCAUCCUCCAGUGUCCUGGUCCUGCUGAGGGCCACUGCGAUGACUCUCAUUGGAAACAAGAAAAAGAAAAGAAAAGCAAGAACGUAAAACCAAGCCACAGGGAGGUAGACAUUGUAUGUUUAUGGGUUCUCACUAUGGAGGUGCAGCUUGUAGGAGGUUUGUACGGAUGUGCUUUUAAGUGAUGUAUAUUACGUAUAACAGGAAACAAAUACUACAAUAAACCGUGCUGGUAAGUAUGAAGCUGACAUUUUAAAAUUAUAAUUAUCUGACUGUGAUUGAUAUAUCCCAAGGUUCCUAGAUCUCACUGAAUCGGCCCAGCCAAGGAGACCUGGACCCUGGCUGUAGGUCGCUCAUGGUAGGAGCUGACGGUUCAGUGUAGAAAUACAGUGUGUGGUGUUUGUAAUUUGGUUGAUUGAUGGGGAGGGGCGGGGUCCCCAAAUGGAGAGGCAGGGGUUUGGCAAGAAGGAAGCAGGCUCAACGCCUUCUCCCCACCGGGGCAGUAGCAGCCACGGUCUGGUCUGUGCUCAGGCGUGGUGUCCAGAGUUAGGAUUCUGCCACACAGGUCCCCUGGCUUAGUUCCCCUACCUCUCUAGAGGCUGGCCUCGGUUCUUAGUUAUCUCUUUUUUGCCACCUGGCUUGCCUUUCCCUGACCGCAUUGUGACAGCUAACUCCCAUCCAAAGAGAGGUGACACCUCUGGCUGCUGCAGAGGAUGGCGGCUUUCAUCCGGCUGUCUGAAGAUUCCCAGCUCAGCCUUUCUCUUUACCACUCCUGUAUUCUGUCCGAAUCAUUCUCUUCUUCCUGGGCCAAAGCAGCCAUGGUAGAGACUGAACACAGGGCAGGCCCUGAGAGGUCAAAACUGCAUUCCCAAAGGCUUCGCCUGCCCCAGAAUGAGCUGAGGAGGAAAGGCCAUGUGGCUGAGGCUCCAUCUAUGUAUAAGACCCUGGCUUUGGAGACCUUUCCUUCGGUCAGUGCCUGCGCUCUGAGCCUGUGCCCUUGGCACCCCAGAAAUGGCCUCGAGACCACAGAAGCCCUCAGAGAAGAGCCUGGCAUUGCCCUCUGGCGCGUGUGGGCUUUCCCAGGCUUUCCUGACGCAAGCUGCUUCCCCGAGCUCACUGAAGCUCCUUCUGAGGGAGGAUGUCUCUACUGCCUCUUAAUUUCUCAGCCCCAUUUCACUUACCCCUUCCUGCUUCUAAAGCAGUCAAUGAAUUCAUUCCACAAAUAUUUAUCGAGUACUUACUUGUGCCGGCACUAGUUAGGCUCAAGGAGAAAGUGUGAGGGGAGCAGUGGGACCUGGGAAGCCCCCUAGGCCAGCCUCACAUCUCCAACCCCUCUGCGAGUGUUUCUACCUUCUCUCCAGUGAUCAGACAUGGCCUGGGGGUUCCCUGCAGAGCUUGGGCUCGCUCAUCAGUUAGCCCAGUGACCCAUAUGCUUAGCUGCUUAACUGGUGCUGACCCGAGGCAGGACAAGAAUCCAGAAUAGUGUUUGCCUCUGUGGGCAAAAAUGGGAUGGAAAGAGGGCAGAGAGAGUCCUGCAGCAGGGGCUCAGAUGGCCCAGCCAACCCCAUCCCCCCGGAGCAGGCAGGUGGCCCACUCCAGCUCCCCCCGAGAGCAACAGCACACUUUGAAUGCACCAGGUUCUUUUUACAAUCCUGGGAGAGAAGCCACAGGACCUCCUUCCUGUCCUCUUCAACCUGAGAGCCCCCAGUCUUUCUAGGCCAAGAGCUGGAGUGGCUGCACCCUCUCUGUCUUUGUAGGAACCAGGUGUCCUCAGUGCCCUGGACAGACCUCAGAGGGGGAAUAUUUGUUCUUGGUUCUGCACCUGCAGACUCUAGGUGUGUGGCUUCAGGGCAGGGACAACGUGACCAGGCCUAGUUUGUGGGCCAGCCAGGGUUUGUGGAGAUCUCCAUCCCACCAAUGCUCUGACCUUCCUUCCACAGAGAGGCAGGCAGUGCCACCAGGGAGGAGGGGAGCUGUGAAGCUGAAAUCUAGGGCACUGUUUCCUCCCCAUCCUCCUCUUCGUAGAGAAUAUAGAUGUUUGUCUUGUCUGUCUUCAACCUACUUUUCCUUUUUGCCUUUUUACAUUUCUCAUCCUUUCCGUGCCACCUCUCUGCCCAGGAGACCAUGUAGCAUAGUGGAAGAAGUCCUGGGGGGCCGUCAGAAGUUCUGGGUGGCCAUCCUGGCUCGGCCCCUAACUCAUCACGUGCCAUUGGGUUAGUCCCAUCCCCCCUUGGGGCCUCAGUGUCCCCACUUGCAAAAUGAACAGGAUAAAGCAGAUGCUCUCCAUGGCCUUUUUCCACUCUGCCAGCCUACAAAUCUUUGUUUUCUCUUCUUUUGCUUUCUUGGGAUCUUUUCCAUCUGAGGGUACAGGAAAUGCCAGGACCUGUUUCAGUUUUUGAAUCCUGCAAGCACAUUCCAAGACUGGCCUGAAACUGCAUGAGCAACAUCACUCUAAAUAUAUUUUUUUUUCAAAAGCACCUUCCCAACCAACUGCGAUGCUGUCCUGGUCCUUUUUACUCACACCCCCCCUCUCCUCUCUUGUCCCCGCGCUCCCCCACCUCAGUGCUCCGUGCUGUAUGCGUGUGCUCUCUGUUCUUGUAUACUCAAUAAAAGUGAAAUAAAUGUGUUUGAGGCUGAACCACAAA